AUGAAUAAUAAUGAUAAAGGUCAAACUCCUUUCUAUCAACAAUCCAAUGAGUCAAGUUCUUCUCGAUUAAAUAUUUCCAGAGUUGGGUUUAAUAAUUUACGUAAAUGGAGUAGUUCUUCUUCAACUUCAAGUUCAAUUAUAAGUAAUUCAACAUCGACAAUCAAAUCAUCAAAUCCAUUGACUAAAUUAUUCACCAGGACAAACAAAUCUCAAACAAGUUUAUCAGUACCUCAACAAGCUCAUACUGUACUAUCCCGAAAAGAUGCCGCUACUGCUGCCGCUGCCGCUGCAAUUGCUAGUGGUGGUGCUACUUCUACAAGCAUCAGUGAUUUGGAUAGUAUCCUGUUUUAUGAACAUGGAGAUAGUUUACUGACAAUAUUUACUCAAGAUUCUAAAGCAAGUAAUGCUUCAACAAGCACAAGAAGUAAGAAAUUUAGGCUACCUAGACCAAAAUUAAGAUUUAGCAAAAGUGGAACUGGAAGUAGUAAACCUGAUUUAACAAUCCAAACUAAAAAGAUUGUAAGUACUGGACCUAUCAUUCUGGAGAAUCAAGCAAGUACCAAUAGGAAGAAUUCACUUUCAUCUCCAGUAACGGCUUUUCAUAGUAUAUUUCAUAGAUCAAGUACUGAUACUUCAUUAGGUAAGACUCUAGAAGAAUCACCAUCAACACUAGUACCUCCACAAUCGACAACCCUGACAAAAAGCACCGCCAGAACAGCAUUAUGUCUAUCCUCAAACAAUUCAAAUUCAUAUAUAACCAAUGUUGAAUUCGCUUCUGUAUAUAAAUUCACCGAUCCAAAUUACCAAUUAGAUGAAUCAGCUACAAGUGUGACUGCCAGUGGUGGAGGAAAUAUGGACCAUGCAAGUUCUUCCUUAGCUGAAAUACAUCGAAAAUUACUGAUACCCACUGAUCUGUUUAUACAAACCCGUCUACAACGAUAUCACACCCAUAGUGGUCAUUCUGAUGAUAAUACAAUUGAAAAUUUCCGACAACAGAAUUCCCAAUUUUAUAAUCAAUUAUUAACAUUAUUACGUCCAUUAUUUACUCCAAGCAUGAAUAAAAAGCAUAAACUACAUCCGUUCCUUGGUCACUCACUUGAAGAUAUUGGAGAUUUCAUACGAUUGAAUUUUUUCAACAAACAAGAUCUCCCACUUAUCGGCGGCGGCAGCUCAAUUUCCGGCACCAAUACCAUCAAUUCCACCAUUUCCGGCACUACUCCAAACCCACUCAAAUCCAGGAAUAAACCAAUCCCAGCAAGUGCAUCAUCAAGCACGACUUCAUUCUCAGACGACGAAUUCACCUAUUUCAAAGCCCGCGAAAUCUCCCAAGAUCUCUUGAUGUUUUUCCUUAAAUGCAUGAAUAUUUUCAAAAUGGACUAUUUUAAAACCUUUGAGGAUUCCUAUAGUAAUUGUUCGGAAUUGAUACGACCUUGGAUGGUGGCUUCGAAAUGUUGGGUGUAUUUUAAUGAAAAAAUCCGGUUUUAUAUCUUGAUCGUCUUUCAUCGAUUCCAGACUAGCUUUAACGAAUUAUCAGCCGCGACAACAAUUACAUCUUCAUCAAUCAAUAUAUCAGCAGGGGGAAAUGAUAAUAGUAUUCCCUCCAUUGACGUUGAGAGUAUUUUAUUAUUUGCAUUUCGCGAAACGAUAAUCAUUCCAAUACUAGUCGAUCGGACAGAACGACAAGACGAGGUUGAUGUUCUGGAUGAGAAAAUGUUACUUCAGGAGAAUUUCGAGUCUUUGAAUUUGUUAUUGGAUUGUUUGGGUGCAUUGCUGACUCCAGCGGUAUUGGAUGCUGCUGGGGGUGGAAGUGGUGGCGGUGGGACUGCUGAAAGAGGUGAGCCACUGCUUAGAUCUGAUGUGGUUAUUUCUACAUUAGCAUGGUUGUCUAAUAUAUUUUAA